AUGGGAUUAUCACACAAAAAAAGUCCCAUAAACAUGGCAACAGACACAGAAACAACAACACCAACAUCAUCAACACCUCCAACAAACCAAGGCACAUGGAACCAACUCCUAGGAAGCAACAACUGGGAAACACUACUAAACCCCUUAGACCUCAACCUCCGCAACCUCAUACUCCGUUGCGGUGACUUUAUACAAACAACCUACGAUGCUUUCAACAACGACCAACACUCCAUCUACUGCGGUGCAAGCCGUUACGGAAAAUCCUCGUUCUUUAACAAAGUCAUGCUUGAAAACCCAACACACUACACUAUUGUUUCUUUCCUUUACGCUACUGCACGUGUAUCUGUUCCUGAAGCCUUCUUGCUUCACUCACUGUCACGUGAGAGUUGGGACCGUGAGUCUAACUGGAUCGGCUACAUAGCUGUUACUUCUGAUGAACGGAGUAGAGAAUUGGGUCGCCGGGAAAUAUAUAUUGUGUGGCGUGGUACGACGAGGGACCUUGAAUGGAUCAACGUGUUUGGUGCUGCGCCUGAGUCUGCAUCUGGCUUGUUGAGUGCUAAAAGUCUCACCCAACUCAACCUCCCAAACAAGAAUAAAGAUGAUGGUAGCAGCAGCAGUGACAAUGAGGAUGACAAAAGAGUGCCGAAAAUAAUGAAGGGUUGGCUGACAAUAUACACCUCAGACGACCCAAAUUCUCCUUUCACAAAAACAAGCGUGAGAACACAGAUUCUAAACAAGAUAAAAAGUUUGUUGAACAUCUACAAGAAUGAAAAUCCAAGUGUGGUAUUAGUAGGACACAGUCUAGGAGCAAGUUUAUCAAUUGUAAGUGCUUUCGAUUUGGUCGAGAACGGCGUAACCAACGUUCCCAUUGCUGCAUUUGUAUUUGGUUCCCCACAAGUUGGGAACAAAGAAUUCAACGACAGGUUCAAAAAGUUUCCGAAUUUGAAGGUGUUACACGUGAGGAAUGUUAUUGAUGUUAUACCACAUUAUCCAGGGAAGUUGUUGGGGUAUGAGUAUACAGGUGUGGAGUUGGUGAUUGAUACGAGGAAAUCGACGAGUUUGAGUGAUUCGAAGAAUCCGAGUGAUUGGCAUAAUUUGCAGGCUAUGUUGCAUGUGGUGGCGGGUUGGAAUGGGAGUGAGGGUGAGUUUGAGUUGAAGGUGAAGAGGAGUGUGGCUUUGGUGAAUAAGUCUUGUGAUUACUUGAAGGAAGAGUGUCAUGUGCCGGCUUCGUGGUGGGUGGAGAAGAAUAAAGGCUUGGUGAGAAGGGAAGAUGGGGAAUGGGUUGAUGCACCAGAUAAGGAGGAUCUACCUGUGCCUGAAGAAUAUUGA